CUUGCACUCCACUAGCACGCUCGGUCGCUAUCAUGAGAGGUGUGACUUCGUGUUUCUCCGUGUGGCUUGGCGUAGGCGUCCUCUUGGGGGCUACAGCGGCGUCCCAAGAGCCUCCAAAUAUCGUCAUAAUGCUCAUGGAUGAUAUGGGCUGGGGAGACUUAGGAUGCAACGGGGAGCCGAACCGCGAGACGCCCAACCUCGACCAAAUGGCUAACGAGGGGCUGCUGGUCUCGAGCAUGUACACUGCGGCGCCCUUAUGCUCCCCUUCCCGCGCCGCUCUCCUGACGGGCCGCCUUCCCAUCCGCAACGGGUUCUAUUCCAACAACACCGACGGCCGGAACGCCUACACGCCCCAGAACAUCGUCGGCGGUAUAUCUGAUGACGAGGUACUACUGCCGGAGCUGCUGGCGGAGAAAGGCUACACUUCGGGCAUCAUCGGGAAGUGGCACCUCGGUCACCGGCCUCAGUUCCUCCCGCUCAAACACGGCUUCGACUACUGGUUCGGCUCCCCCAACUGCCACUUCGGCCCCUACAACGAUGUCACGACGCCCAACAUACCUGUCUUCCUUAAUGAAUCAAUGCUGGGCAGAUACUUCGAGGAUUUCCACAUGGACAGAGCGGAAGGAGUAUCCAACAUGACGCGACUGUACACGGAUGCCGCUGUUCAGUUCAUCGAGAGAGAGGCUAAGAAGGGGCCGUUUUUCCUCUACUGGGCACCUGACUCCACCCACGCCCCGACCUACGCCUCCGAGAGAUUCCGCGGCACCAGCAGGAGAGGCCGGUACGGGGACGCUGUGAAGGAGCUCGACGCAGGAGUGGGUGCCAUCCUGCAAGCCCUCAGAGCCCAGCAGGUGGACAACAAUACCUUGGUUGUCUUCACCUCGGACAACGGCGCGGCUCUGGUCAGCAAGGAAGACGGAGGCAGCAACGGCCCCUUCCUGUGCGGCAAACAGACUACCUUCGAGGGCGGGAUGAGGGCGCCCGGUAUCUUCUGGUGGCCGGGCGUCAUCCCUGCCGGCACCACCUCCCACCAGGUAUGGACACAAAUGGACCUGUUCUCCACGGCGGCCCAGCUGGCGGGGGUCACACCUUCCAACGACCGAAUUUACGACGGCCUCCCCCUCGCCAAGGCCCUCAGAUACCCACAGCUUGAAAUCCCCAGGCCAGUGUUUCUGUACCGUGGGAACAGACUGAUGGCGGUGCGCAGAGGAGCCUCAAAGAUGCAUCUGUGGACCUUUAGCACGCCGCCCGCAGAGCUGCAACAAGGGAUCAACUUCUGUCCGGGGGCCGAGGUGGCUAACGUUACCACGCCCACACCCACCAACCACACCGACAGGCCCGUCCUCUUUAACGUGGAGGUGGAUGCUGGCGAGCGGUACCCCAUCGCGCCCUCCUCCGACACCUACAAGACCCAAGUCGCUAUGCUGAUGGAUGUGGUGAAGGAGCACAACGACAAGCUGGUGCCCGGCGAGCCUCAACUCAACUGGUGUGACCCCGCCGUGAUGCACUGGGCGCCACCUGGUUGUGAGGCGCUGAACGAGUGUCUGCCGGUACCCGCGUCCGAGCCAACCUUGUGUGUCUGGCCACACUGAUCACUCAAACACCCUCGGAGGACGCAGAAUGAGAAUGAGGACGAGGACGAAACCAGGAUUACAAAGGAGACUAGCGGGGAACAACGACAGGAAGUGAAAUAAGCGAAAAUAGACAAUUAGGAUGAAAAAAAUGGAAGUGAAGAUGAAAAUAAUGACUAAAAGACGUGGAUGAGAGAAUUGAAAAACGAAUCUAAAAUGAGUUCGAGGAAGAGGACGAGAAAGAAGAUGGAAAAAGACGGAAAAUGAGUUAAAAGAGGAAGUGAAAAUAGACAAUCAUGCAGUAAAAAGUGUAAAUAAGAACGGAAAUGAUGCCUAGAAAGUGGAAGUGAGUGAAAAGAGCUAAUAUAAAAUGAGGAUGAGAUUGAUUACAAGUACGAGGAAGGGGAAGAGAUCGAGAACAGCGCCAUUGGAGAGAGAACUGUCUGGUUGGUUACUCGAGGCGUUCGGUUUGCGGUGUUCAAGAGGAGUGGAAAUGCGUGGCAACUUGUACAACAGGACCAAGUUAGGACUGUAA